GCAUGACUUGUCGAAUUCUUGAUAUCGUGUCUCGUGGUCUUUUUCAAAUCAGCUGUGAUUCGAUUUUAUAUUUAAUUUUUUACCCCUACCCCCCUCAACACUUUAAUUCAAAUCAACAAGUUGUUUCCAUAUUUUUAUAAUUUUUAGGUACAUAAGAAGUGUUCUGUGUACAUAGGUACUAAGAUGCCUGUGAUAAUAGUAGAAAAUAAGGAAAAAGUAAUAGAAAAAUUGUCUGAAAUAAUAGAAAAAACAGCAGCCAGUAGUAUAUCAAAACAUGGAAAAUUUUUAGUAGGAUUUUCUGGUGGUUCUUUAGCACCAUUCCUAGCAACUGGUUUACCAAAAAUCAAAACCGACUUCUCCAAAUGGACAAUAUUUUUCUGCGAUGAAAGAUUAGUACCUGUAAAUGAUCCCGAUUCUACUUUUGGUCUUUACAAGAAGACUUUAAUAGAUUCCGGAGCAGUUCCAUUAAAAGAAGAUCAAUUUGUUCAAAUUAAACAGGGUGUAUCAGCUGAAGAAGCAGCGACAGCUUACGAAAAUAAAGUAAAGGAAUUCUUUCCGAAUGAAAAACUACCAGUGUUUGAUUUACUGUUACUUGGGAUGGGACCUGAUGGCCACACUUGUUCUUUAUUCCCGGGUCAUAAGUUGCUUAAUGAAACCAGUAGGUGGAUAGCACCCAUUACGGAUUCACCAAAACCUCCUCCCAGUCGAGUAACAAUGACAUUCCCUGUAGUUAAUAAUGCAGAUGUUUGUGCCAUUGCUGCAUCCGGGAAAGAAAAGGCUGAUAUGAUUAAGAGAGUUCUGGUGGAUAAGGAGAACCUUCCAGCAGCCAGAGUCCAGCCCGCUUCUGGAAACGUUUACUGGAUUGUCGAUAAAGAUGCUGGACUGCAUUUAAAUAAAUAAAACUGUUUUUAUUUUUGUAAAUAAAAUAUUUGUAUAUUG